CGGUGUGCCCCUCAUUACAAGCGAAGUUGCUGCAUCUUUUUAGGAAGCUACAUGCUUUCUUUCGACACCGAAAGGUCGCAUGGUGUCAGGGACGCGCCUAGUCACGGGAACAGUCCGGAGCGCGUUCACGAGGUGCAAGAUCGCGCUUUAACAGUGUAGGGGCCGUCAGUAUCAAACAGCGUGCGGGGAUCCAACCUAAUGGUUUACAUUGGUUCACAACGACCAGUCAAUGAUUUGCGCCGCUUAUUUUUUUUCUUGCGCGGCGUUUAUUUUGCAAACGUUUUCUUUUUUGCACGGCAAGGAACUGACAUAGCAAACUCAUCUGUAUGAUAGGGGAGCAGGAGCCCACAGUAUGGUACGGGAAACCAGACAUUUAUGGGUGGGAAAUUUACCCGAAAAUGUGCGAGAAGAGAAAAUCAUUGAGCACUUCAAGCGAUAUGGACGUGUGGAGAGUGUCAAGGUCCUGCCCAAGCGGGGUUCAGAAGGUGGAGUCGCCGCCUUUGUGGAUUUUGUGGACAUUAAAAGUGCUCAGAAGGCUCACAAUGCUAUCAACAAGAUGGGGGACAGAGACCUGCGCACUGAUUACAAUGAACCAGGCACCAUUCCUAGUGCCGCGAGGGGGCUGGACGAUAGUCUGUCCUUAGGCUCUCGUAGCCGGGAUGUAUCAGGGUUCACAAGGGCGGCAGGGGGAGCCGUGUAUGGGCCCCCCACGUCGCUCCACAGCAGAGAUGGACGCUAUGAACGCAGACUAGACGGGACAACUGAAAGUCGGGAUCGGGCUUACGAUCACAGUGCCUACGGACAUCAUGAGCGUCCUGGUAGCAGUUUUGAACGCCAGCGGCACUACGAAACAGAUUAUUAUCGUGAGGCUAGAGAGAGGACUCUAAGCACAGCUGGGAGUGUGUCUGGUACCUCCAGCGGAAGCUGUACAUCGGUGUCGCCCGGAGUCAGUGGAACUAUCGUUAGCACUGUCGCUGCCAACACUGGAACAGUUGGAUCAGCAGUGGCCACGACAGGGGGAAGUGGUGGAUCUACGUCCAGCGUUGUGGGCUUCUACCGCGCCCACAGCGGGAGCCCAUGCCGCUUCGAGACUCCAGAGCCUCGCUACGAGUCUCGUGCCAGGGAAACCUUUACUUUGGCCAGUGUGGUUCACAGGGACCUUUACAGGGAGGACAGGGGUCGGCACGGGGAGCGGUCGUAUCGCCACAGCCGAAGCCGGUCUCCACACUCAACACAUUCGCGAAAUCCCUCUCCUCAGAGACUGGCGAGUCAGGCUACCCGCCCUGCACGCUCCCACAGCGGGUCAGGCUCCCACAGCCGCUCCUCCAGCUCAGACUCAGUCAGCAGUACCAGCAGCAGCACGAGUGGCAGUGACUCAAGCAGUAGCUCAAGUGAUGAGUCCCCAGCACGCUCAGUGCAGUCUGCUGCUGUUCCUGCACCCUCAGCACUUCCUUUAUCCUCUCUUGACAAGGAUGAACCACGUAAAAGCUUUGGCAUCAAGGUCCAAAAUCUUCCUGUGCGCUCUACAGAUACGAGCCUGAAGGAUGGUUUGUUCCAUGAGUUUAAGAAACAUGGAAAGGUCACGUCUGUACAAAUCCACGGAGCUUCAGAGGAGCGCUACGGGCUUGUCUUUUUCCGCCAGCAAGAGGACCAAGAGAAAGCACUUGGAGCAUCAAAGGGAAAGCUUUUUUUCGGCAUGCAGAUUGAAGUAACUGCAUGGAAUGGCCCUGAGACGGAAAGUGAGAACGAGUUUCGACCCUUGGAUGAGAGGAUAGAUGAGUUUCAUCCAAAGGCCACGCGAACAUUAUUCAUUGGAAACCUGGAGAAGACCACCAGUUACCAUGACCUGCUUAACAUUUUUCAACGCUUUGGAGAAAUUGUGGAUAUUGACAUUAAGAAGGUGAAUGGAGCCCCACAGUAUGCCUUUCUACAAUACUGUGACAUUGCCAGUGUCUGUAAGGCCAUAAAGAAGAUGGAUGGGGAGUACCUUGGUAACAAUAGACUAAAGCUGGGCUUUGGAAAGAGUAUGCCUACGACAUGUGUUUGGUUGGAUGGAUUAGCGUCAAACACCACUGAGCAGUUUCUUACUCGGCAUUUUUGCCGCUAUGGACAUGUUGUCAAGGUUGUAUUUGACAGAAUGAAAGGAAUGGCCCUUAUCCUGUAUAACAACAUUGAAUAUGCACAAGCCGCUGUCAAAGACACAAAGGGUUGGAAGAUUGGAGGCAGUAAAAUCAAGGUGGACUUCGCCAAUCAGGAAAGUCAGAUGGCUUUCUAUCGUUCAAUGCAAGCUUCUGGCCAGGAUAUUCGAGACUUUUAUGACCUUAUCACUGAAAGAAGCAGGGAUGAUCGAAGAACUCAAUAUGAGUUUCAAGCAGAAAGACCACAUUACGAAAAUGUACGAACACCAGGAACAUUUACUGAAGAUUCACGUCGUAAAUACCCUGCCAGAAGUCGUGAGUUUUUUACUGAAUGGGAUCCAUAUCAGGGAGAUUACUUUGAUCCACAAUACUUUGAAGACCCCAGGGAAUAUCGAGAAUACAGAGCUGAUCCUUAUGAGCAGGACAUUCGCAAGUACAGCUAUUUGCAACGGGAACGUGAAAGAGAGAGAGAGCGCUUUGAAACAGAUCGUGGAAGGGAUCAUGGAAGGAGGACUGUUGAGCGUAGCCAAAGCCCAUCUCACAUUGCCUCUCGCCGUCCUGCCAGUCCUGCUGCAUCUCCUUCGCUCUCCGAGAGGAUACCAAGUGAUUCAGAUCGCCAUAUUUGCUGCCGAUCUUCUGAAAGAAGUGGUAGCUGCAGUUCAAUCUCCCCACCUAGGUUUGAAAAACUUGAAAAGGCACGCAUUGAAAAGUAUACUAAAACUGACAAACUUGAUAAAGAUCGAGUCUUUGAAGUUGAAAGAGGGAAUUUGUUAGAAAAGGAGAAGCGGGCUGGACGUAAAGAUCGUGGGGACAAGGACAAAAGUGAUAAACAGAGGCUUAAAAAGCUAAAAGUUGCAUCACCUAGUAUCCAAGCAUCUGAGACCGAACCUGAACUUGAACAAGAUGUUGGCCCUGAGUCCGUUCUUCGAAGUAAAAACUGUAAAAUCCCAAAAGAAGGCUCAAGCAAAGGAAGGUUAGACCUUCUUCCUUGUGUUGUGCAACUUACACGUGUUAAAGAAAAAGAAGGAAAGUUGAUUGGCCAAUCUGUCCAAGAAAAACAAAUACAGAGGGGUGGUAGUGACAGUCCCAGGUUGGCAUCACCUUCAGCUGACCAGAGAAGUCCUCCAUUCCGUUUGGAACCAUCAAAAAAUGAUGCCUCUAAGCAUGGAAAGGUCCCCAGAGACAAACAUAUGCAGAGUUUAAUAGAGGUUAUUGACAAGGAUGCUAAAAUCAAAUCCAAAAAACAUGGAAAAUCUGAAAUGGGAUUUGACAGUGGUAUUUCUGUGGAUAUUGAUCGUUUGGCUGCAAGGAAAAGGCGUUUUGAGGACUCUGGGAAAACUGAUAGACAGAAGAGAACUAUUGAGGAAGAUCUUGUUAGACCUGGACUUCAUAAACUAUGGAGCAAUGCUAAGGAGACAGAUUUUGAUAAGACUCUUUUGAUAAAAGGGAUGCAUAAAAAGGAGCACCACAUGGAAAAAUGUGUCAGGAUGGUUUCAGUUAGCAGUCCUAAAGAUGGACAAGACUUUGAAAGCAGCUCUGUAGGCUUUUCUCUGGAGCAGCACUCUCGACUAGGGGAGGUGCCUGAAGAUUCUACAGAUCAGUCAGACUCUCCCUACCUUAAAAUGGAUUUAGAGGGAUCUAAAAGUGAAAACAGCCCCAGUCUCAAAAAGAUGUCAGAUUAUGUCAGUAUUGAUUUGGAUGAAUUAAAAGAACAACACAAACACAUGUUGUCUGAAAACAAACAAGGAAGAGGGAUGUGCAGAGACUCAGAUGACGGAGAUGAACACUUUGUCCACAUUGAUCAGAGUGUUUGCACAAAACAAAUUGAACAAAGUCGAUGGCACCAUCCCAAACUUGUCGACCCUGAUAAGUUAGUCAAGUUUAAAAACCCAGCAAGUAAAGACACUCAUGACUUGGAAAAUGAUUAUAUUAUGUAUGAUGUUCCAAAACCAAUUCAGGAUAUGGCAAAUGAUGGCUUCUCUUCUAAAAGGAAAAAAUUAGAGAAUUUUGACUUUGAAAUAGUCACUGCAAAAAGAGACCGCAACUUUUCAAGUACCCAAAAGCUGAAUGAGGAGAUUUAUCAGAGUAUCACUUCAUCAAUAGAACAUGGUCACUUUUCUGCAAACGAGGACGAGGAAACUGCCCAAAUUUCUUUGUCGGUUAUAAAGAAAGAUAGAAAAUCUUCUCCAACAACAGAUGACAAAUAUUCACACGCAGAGUCAUUAAAAAACAGUCUGGGCCUGACAGCCACACAUUUUCAGUCUUCUGACAUUGAUGUCCCGAAGCUUAAGACAACCUUGCUUGGCUGUGACGAGGAGUUAAUGCAAUGUUGGGAAAGACGAAUAAAGUCUGAUUCACUGAGAAUGGAAAUGACUUUUCCCAGUGAUAUUGCAAAACGUGAAACCAUCCACAAACGCAUUGGACAAGAUUUAGAACCGGGAGAAGUGCAGUCUGAUUCAGAUGAUGAUGUAGAAAUCAGACACAUGUCUCCCAAGUCCAACAAUUCCUUGUCUUAUAUCCUCAGGGAACGCGAUGAGAGGAUGACAGAUCUGAAGCUUUCAGGGUCAUUGGAAAAGAACAAGUUUUAUUCAUUUGCAUUAGAUAAAACUAUAACUCCUGAUACUAAAGCACUUCUUGAAAGAGCCAAGACACUGUAUUCCUCCAGAGAAGAUAAUUGGUCCUUUCUCCCCUCACGCUUUCCAACCUCCCACAGCUGUUCAGAUAAGGACAAGGUAGAGCUUGCACCCAGACCCAUUCCUUCUUGGUAUAUGAAAAAGAAAAAGAUUCGUACUGACUCCGUUGAAAAGCUGCAUGAUAAAAAAGAGGAACUCAAGCCACAGGACCAAGAGCGACAGGACCUGUUCGCUUCUCGCUUCCUGCACAGCUCAAUCUUUGAACAGGAUUCCCGUCGUUUACAGCAUCUUGAACGUAAAGACCAAGAUGUAUUGUCUGGAGUUCUCAAACCUUUGGCAAAGCCAGGUGCUACUGAGGCACAGCCUGAAACCGGAGUAGUUGACAUGCCACAAGAGCCCAUAGUGCUUUUCCAAAGUCGUUUUUUGGAGCUUCAACAACAAAGAGACAAGGACCAUCCACUCCCUGACAUUGAGAAUAUCUUAACAGUGGAGAUUGAAAGAGAUGAAGUGCAUAAGUGUGAUAAUGUUCUGUCUGAUAAGGAAUCUGAGCCAGUACUGAAGGUAAAUGAUACAUCACUCAGCCCUACAUUAACCUUGUUAACACCACCUUUUGUUCCUUCACCAAAAGAAAUGUCUUCAACAGAAAAGAAAGACAUAUUAACUCCACCCUCAGAUCAACCUUUGUCAUUUGUCAAAGAAGAAAAAGUAGAGCCAGUUGUUGAGUUAUCUUCAGCUCAUUCUUUUUUUAUGGAAGACUUGAAACCAGUUUCUCCUAAGCUAACAAUCACCCCUCCACUUCUCCCUUUGGGGCCGGAAGAUGAAAUGGAAACAAAGGUAGAGUUAAUUGAACCCAAAGCAAAAAUUGGAGAUAGUUUGGUGGUGGAACAUGCUCCUUUUGUGGAAGUAAAGCCUCCCACUCCUGGUGCUUCACUAAAAGGUUUUGAGAAAGAGACUGGAGAGUGCCCUUUUUCUGACUAUCCAAAGAUUGAAGACAAAUCUAAGAUUAUUAAAACAGAACCAGACAAACUGGAAACAAAUCAGGAAACAAAACAAUGUGAAGAAUCUCAGAAAACUGAGACAGAUAGUGACGCAUGUAUGCCAGAGCUUGAGGCUAAAAGAAAGCCAUUACCAAACCGCAGACAGCCCAAAAAUAAAAGGGCAAAACCACUGUCAGCAUUACGUGCUUCACAAACAUCCCAAAUUGUUGCCACAGAUAAGCCUGCAACACGAAAGAGUGAACGGAUUGACAGAGAGAAACUCAAAAGGGCCUCAUCUCCUAGGGCAGAAGUACCAAAACCAUCAAUUGAGUCCAGAGUCACAUCCAAGUCACCAAUUCAUGCAUCAGAUUCUGAGCAAAACCUUGAGUCAAGUCUGAUCCAUGGCAGAACACGUCGCAGGAAUGUAAAAUCAGUCUACGCAACGCUACACGAAGAAGAACAAGCUGGCAAAGAGGUAUUGGAGUCAUCCCGCUCCAUGCGCAAACGUGUUGCUGAUAAAGAACCAAUACAGCAAGAUGUUCCAAUACCAACUACCACUGCAAGGCGCGGACGCCCACCUAAAAAAGGCAUCAAGCGAGGUGUAGAUGUUUCACCAAUUAAGGGGGAACAGCAGAAAAUGAUGGAAGAUGACACAGAGGUCAAAGAGAAUUCCACUAAUGUAGAGGGAUGGCGUUCACCCCGCACACAGAAAGUGCAACAAAUACAACUUACUUCACUUAACAAGAAAGGAGGUAAAAUAGACAAACAGUCUGGGAGCACUACAGUGCUAGAUGGACAAGCUGAUUUGGCAAGUCGGGAACUCAAUCCUAAAGCUGAUUCUGAACUGUUUGUGAAGCUAUCUGAAAACUCAAGCUCUCCAGUGCACAUAAUUGAAAACGAUCCAAAAGAUUUGGUUGGAAAUAGAUCUACUGAUGGGGACAUUGAAAAGGAAGAAACCAGCUUUUCUGAUAGGAGACAACUGCCUGAAAAGAGUGUUAAAAUAAAAACAUCAAGGCUGAAAAGAAAUGCCAAGCAAGUCACUGAAGAUAAAUCACACAGCUUAAAAAACCUUGAGAUCCGUGUUAGUGUUGAUGACGUUAAAGGUUUACUUCGUUCAGAGGAUGAUGAGCCAGAGUCAUUUGAAGCAUCCACUAUUACCGAAACCAAGAUUGUAGUUAAACAGAAUGAGGAAACAACAAUCAAAGGGUUUCCAAUAGAGUCUAAAGAACUUGAUGCACAGGAACAGGAAGACUCCCUAUCAGAACCUGAACUUCCUGAUGAUCCAGCAACUCUCUUAGCACGGCAGAUGGAACUAGAGCAGGCAGUUGAAAACAUUGCCAAACUUACAGUUGAGCAAACUCCUCGACCGUAUAAGGAGCCAUCGUCACAGCAACCUACCAUAUUGCCUCCUGUAGUCGUAGAACCAGAAGUCGAGGUUGAAGAGGAGAAGAGAGCUAAUCCUGCAAGCGAGACUGAACUUGCAGCCGCUAUAGAUUCCAUUACAGCUGAAGAAAUAUUGGCAGAUGCAGAUAGUUUUGCAGCUCCUCCUCCUUACAAUGCACUUAUUCCUACCCCUGAAUCCCUGACAUCCCCCUCUUCUAAUGAGAUUAUGGAACCUGAAACACACAUGGUGAUCAACAGUAUACUUGCUGCAGACUCAGAUGAAGGUCCUCUGACACCAAGCCCAAAAGGGCUAAUGGCAGAGUCUAAGGCAGCUGAUGAUACUCCUUUCCUUGAAACACCUAAAAAAACGGGCAGAGUUAAAUCCAAAACCCCAAAGAAGUCAAGAGGUCGCAAAGCUGCAGCUAAUAAGAAAGAUACUGCUGAAGAGGUUCCACAAAUAGAGCCCUCCCCAGUGAAGUUACCAGAGUCAAUCUCAGAAGACCCAGAAACUAUCAAUUCAAAAGCAGCCACUGUUACAGCUGGGGCCACUGCAGCAGCUUCUGUGGUCACUGCCGUUGCAACUUGUAGGCGUGAUGUGAAAAGUGCUAUAACGGUAAAAACGCCCAAAGAGGCAGAACAGCCUGAAGUUGAACAGCCUGUACCCAAAGAAUCUGCAUUUCAUUCAGGCAAAAGCAACAUCCCCGGCAGUAAAAAGCAUCCAAAAGUAGAAGAACUACCUACCCCUACUCUUGCCCCUGCGCGCCCACAACCUAUGUCCCAGUUCAGUAUACCUCUGUUGCGGCCUGCCAAAAUGCCAAUUUCGCCAGACUGGCCUCCUAGAAUUGAAGAAAGUAGAAUCUAUGUUGCACCUCCGUGUCACGUUACAGUGGUAACUCCUUCUCCACCAUCAUCGACUGCAUUUGGAACCCCUUCAACAAAUCCCCCAUUGCCUCCUGACACCAAGGCCUCAGAUAUUGACCCUAGUUCUAGUACAUUAAGAAAAAUACUAAUGGAACCUAAAUAUGUGACUGCAUCAAACAGCAAUUCUAUACCUACCACAAUGGUGACAUCUGUACUGUCGGUACCAUCACGUAUGUCAGAGAAUGAAAAUCCCUCUGAAAAAGUAGGUUCAAGACAGUUACAUCAUGAAGAGAGACCACCUUUACCCCCUCAGCCCAUACACCACAAACCCUUUCCAUUGUCAGAGUCCCAACAGAACUGUGGAGACAAGAUCCAGCAUACAGUUAUUUCUCCUGUUACCUCUGUGAUAAGUCGAAUUCCAAUGCCUUAUGAUACAGAGGAAACUCCACGGAUAUCUCUUAGCAACCGGAGCAUUGGAAUUUCUAUUCCCAAGCAAAAGUUUAGAUCAAACCCUAAUGAGAAUAAUCGGUACCAUGGCAUGGAUAUAGUAGAAGAUGGCACUAGAGCACGCUCUGUUGUUGAGUCCACUCCCUACAGUGCUAGCUCCAGUCCUGGCCUUAGGGUCAAUACAUCAGAGGGUGUUGUUGUUUUGAGUUAUUCCAGUCAGAAAACUGAAGGACCUCACAGAAUGAGGGCCAAAAUUAGUCAAAUUCCUCCAGCCAGUGUUGGUGAUGUAGAGUUUCAGCAAUCUGUAUCAAAAUCUUCAAUAAAGCAGGACCCACUCAUCACACCAUCCCAGUCGCCUACCCCAAAAGUAGGCACAACACAUACAGCUUACGGGCAAACAGGGGUUCACUUGACUGGCCAAGCGUAUAACUCUCAACCUGUCAUUUCCAGUAGGAAGCAUGAGAGUAUUGUGUGUGACAAAUCUGAUGCCCCUUAUCACACAACAACCCAGGGGGGUGUUGUAAAGAUGUACAAACAGCCAGUUAGUUCGCCUCAAGUCUUGAUGUACAACCAAGCUGUGAUACAGCAGCAGCAUGGCAAUAGAGGAAUGGGGUCUGAAACUCUUCCAAAAAAAAUUGACAUUGGCAAAGCUAUUCAGCAGUCUAACUUAAGCCCAGUCAUGAGCCCACACCACCCAUCACCAUCUGGAAGCCGCAUGAGCCCGAGCCCUAGCAUCCCAACUGAUCGGUCAGCUCUACACCAAAAGCAAGAACCCCAGUCCCCAAGAACAACUAUUCAAUCCCCUUCACACUUUGUCAAAGCCUGUCCUUCAAGCACUGCUCCUAGAGGAACCUCUGUUGUUCUUGGUCAUGGCAUGCCACCAAUGUCUACAUAUCAUUCUAGUAUGCAUCACCCGCACUCAGAACAGUCCUCCGUCAUAAUACAACCUCACAGUGUCACUCAGGCAAUGGCUCAGGGAGCCAGGAUGAACACCCCACCAAUGUCUGCGAUAAACUAUGGAAGGCGAGGUGACUCCCUGUCUUCUUCCCACCAAGGGCAAUUACAACGCUCAAACACAUCGCAGCCUAAUGUUAUCCGAGAUUUGGUACUGCAAUCCCAUUCAAGUCCCCAGGGGUCAGUAUCAGGUGGGGGUGGCAGUAGUCUUAAUGAAGAAGACAACAGACACUUUAACCAAGCCCUUAGGAGACCUUCUGUGCCCCAGCUCCAAUCAGAUGUAAUGAUGAUUCACAGUGAUCACCGGGUACUCCACCCAAGCAUGCGCAUGGAUCAGUACAGAGACAUGCACCAUCGCCUCCUGAUGCACCAGCAACUGGGAGAGCAGGCUGCUGUAGAAGCAAGACAGUCCUCAGAUAGGACAACUCCUUCAGGUAAAAUCUCUGGACAUUCAAAGAGUCCUAUAGUGGUGAAGAACAUUGAUAUUUCCACAAAAGAAUCUCUCAAACCACUAGAAGGAAAGGUGAUACAUCCACCCCCCAGCGAAAGUAGAAUAAGGGGAGUCCAUGCAUCUUCUCCUGUCCUGGUGUCUCCUCACCCACAUGGGGUUCAGCUGAUGCAUCCAGGAGCGACAGGCUCCUUUCCAAUAUAUCGCGACAUGCGAGGCUUUCCAUCCCAGUUUCCAGGACAUCCUUCAUCUGGACACAGUCUGCCUAAUCAAGGCAUAACAUCUACACAGAUUCCUCAGGAGCCUGAGAUGAGUCACAGGGGUAAAAUCUCUCAGUCAUAUGGGGGAGGAAGUGAUUCCAAGCCGGAGAGUUCCCAUCUCCGCCAUGCUACCUCUACCGACCUCUCCCACAUUUCCCGAAUAUCUCGGGAUACAGUCUCCCCCUCAUACCAGUCUCCCAUGUCGUCUCCUAUGAGUCUUACUCACAAGCCAGAUCUAUCUGUACAGAAAGGCCCUCCAGCCUUCCUGCCAACACCUCCACCAGUUGCACCUCAAUCAAGUUCGCUAUAUCCACGGCCUGAUUCUAAGCUGGAGCAUUCGGGGCAUCGUUCCAUUGACAUGGUGCAGCUUAUGACGAAAUACCCUAUUGUAUGGCAAGGUAUGUUGGCACUGAAGAAUGACCAGGCUGCUGUCCAGUUACACUUUGUUUCUGGCAACACCAUACUGGCCCAGCGCUCGCUACCGCCCACAGAGGGAGGCCCUUUUCUCCGUAUUGUCCAGAGGAUGAGGCUUGAGGCUUCCCAGUUGGAGAGUGUGGCACGCAGAAUGACUAAUUAUCAUUCAUGGCAGGUGGACAAUGACUACUGUUUGCUACUGGCUUUACCCUGUGGUCGAGAUCAAGAAGAUGUCCUUGGUCAAACUCAAGCCUUGAAAAGUGGCUUCAUCACCUACCUGCAGGCCAAACAGGCAGCUGGCAUUAUCAAUGUACCCAACCCUGGCUCUAAUCAGCCAGCCUAUGUGGUGCAGAUUUUCCCACCGUGUGAAUUUUCGGAGAGCCACCUUUCGCGCCUGGCCCCGGACCUUCUCAACAGCAUCUCCAGCAUUUCCCCUCACCUCAUGAUUGUCAUUGCCUCUGUUUAAUUACCUCCGUUGUUUUUUUUAACAAAGCCAACACCAGCCCUUUUAACUCGUCCAGUUUUCUAAACUGGAAUUGCCUCAUAUUUUUAUGAGUUUGACUUAAAGAAAAGAAAAUCUUAUAUAGCAUGCACUCGCCUUUUCUUUCACUUCACCAAGUCCUUAAGUCAAUCAAUGACAUCGAAUUCCAAAAACUAUACCUUUACAGAGAGGAUCUUAAGGGUCGAACCGGGAUUUUUGAUGAGCAUUUUUGAUAACUCAUUUCAUUUUUUGCCAUUUCUGGAGGUGUUGUGCAUAGCUUUUCUAAUUCAUAGAAUCCAUACAGCUAUGGAUUGAGACCUUCCUAUUGGACAUUUUUUACAUUCAUGAAAGGGAUUGUGAUUUUUUUCUUUUUUUUUAAAAAGACAAACGACAUGAUAAGUCAUUGCACUAUGUUAAGGAAAAAUGUUGAACUCUGUAUAGAUUUGAGUAUAAAAUUAUACAUGUAAUGGAAUUACUCUCGUGAUCGGCCACACUUGCGCAAGAAAAAGAUCAAGAAUCAUUUCAACCUGAUCCAUCAUACUGCUUUCACUCCUUCACCAUCAGCCAACUUCUACGUCAUUUCCGGACUCAGCUCUCCAUCCCGAGGGGACGUUUAGAGUUGUAUAGUUUACGCUCAAUGCCUCAACAGGGGACUACUAUAUAAAGAUUAUUUAAUUUGUUUAUUUUUGUUUGCAACUUCUUUAAGCCUUAGGGUAUUGUGGACUAUUGUGAAACUGUAUAUAUUAUAAAUAUUUAAAGACUGAGCAAUGUGGAGAGACCAAGUGAAUUAUUUUACAAGACGGAUCAUCAAAUGUUUUCUUUUUUCUUUUCUUUGGGAGGGGGCAGGGAGGGGAAUAGGGGAAAGGAUCUGUACAUGAUCCAGGAGUAAUAUUCAAGAAAAAAAAAAUAUUUUUAUUGAUUCUGUGCCAAAACGUCUUUUGCAAACGCUCAACACACGAAAUGUAUCGAGAAAAAGCGAUUAGAACCUAUUUUCAUAUGUGACUUUGUAUUUUGCCCCUCAGAGGGCAGACUUGAUUCCUUUUGUUUUUGUAUUGGUCAUCAACCCAACUCUGUUACUACAGUGCUUUUACAUUAUGAAGUUUUAUCCUCAUUUUGAAGGAACCAUUAUAUUGUAGGGGUUGCAUUUCUGUUCGUAUUCCUGUUCUCCUCCUCCCUGAUGUGGACCUUUACUGCCCCCUGCUGUCUGGAAAUCAUCCUCGCAUAUUUAGGACUGCAUCUUGAGGUCAUGUUAGCCCUGACUUCAUGAAAGACUAUAGCAUGCUUUUUUUUCAAAUUGUGAACUGAAAUGAUGAAGGCCAAGAAUGUGUACUUGACAUCAUGCCGCUAAUGGAUGUGUUGAUCAUCUGUCUCCAUCUCUCCCCAUAACUGUCUCUUUGAGCCAAGCUGUAAAUAUUAUUGUCCUUAAUCUGUGCUCUUGUGUAUUUUUCCCAUUUAUAAUUGUCUUUUUUCAGGGUCUUUUUUUUGUUUUGUGCAACAAAACAAAGCAGUCUGAAAGAGACAGGAGAUAAGGUGUGUGAAACCGAUGCUGAAAGUAAAAACUGCGCUUGUCAGUUUUGUGGUGUAAAUAUUUCUGACUGCAAGCUGAAUACUCUCAUGGUUAUGUUGAAGGCACUUAUAAUUUUUGAUAAACAAAUGAGAAGAAAAAAGAAAAAAAACUUAAAAAGGUGAUUAAUA